AUGUCUACCCUCGAAACCAAACCUACCCUCGUCCUCCUCCCAGGAAGCUGGCACAACCCCCAAAACUACCACAAACUCGUUUCGGCACUCAAAUCCCACUCCUACGACCUCCUCAUUCCCUCUCUCCUCAGCAUGAACGGGAAACACAUCGUCGUACUUAUGCAUUCCUACGGCGGCCAAGUUGGUACCAACGCUCUUACCGAAUUCGCCGUUUCCACUCGAAAUGCCCAAGGUCUAUCUGGCGGCGUCGUCCAUCUCCUCUACAUCAGCGCAUUCAUGAUGUUAGAAGGCGAGUCUAUGAUGGAUAAAGUGCGGUUAUUCGGGCACGAAGAACUAAUCCCCGUCGUAUUCACCAUCGCAGAAGAUGGAACCCACGUGCACAGUGAUCAUCGUACUCUUCUCAUCGGAUCAAAUCCAGAUGAUAAACCCUUGAAAGAUAGAGCGGCGUGGAGAGAUAUCGAGACGAGUUAUGUGGUCACGAAGAUGGAUAUGACUGUGUUUUUGGAUUUUCAAGUGAGUAUGCUGGAGGCGGUUAAGAAGGAGGGAAAGGAGGUGAAGGUUUGGGAGUUGGAGACGGGACAUUCGCCUGCUUUGACGAUGAUAGAUGAGUUGGUGGAGAUUGUUUUGGAGGUUGCGGAGAAGUGUUAG